AUGGUCGAUGUUCAACGCAAUUCAGUUCUCAUCAAUAGAACGCCACACCAUAUCAGAGACCUCUUCCCGCAUCGUCUGAAAAUGACGGCAGUGAUAAGUCGUCUGAAAGCGACUCAUAUUCACCGCCUUUUUAGCGCAGGGCCUGAUCAUUCAUCUACGGAACCAGCAGAAACAGAUGCUGAAGACAACAAUGGUGAUGCCAAUAACGAAAGAGACCAACCUACGUGGCCUGAUCCUCUGACACGGCUGAUUUCCUGGCGCGGCACUGUCUCUUUAUUCUUUAUUUUUUCACUACAUCAGGGGUCCUCUUCUUCGAAGAAGACGAAGGAUGACGGGCGGACAGUCGUUGGUGGUGAUGAUGCUGGAGAUGGUGCAGAGAGUGAAGAGAAGUUAGAGGUUGGAGAUGUAGGAGGUGAAGGUGGUGCAGGAGGCGAUAUUGGAGAGGACAGCCCCUUCUCAAGAUCCGCCUUCAGUUGGCGGAUCUUCUGUAUCUUUUCCCAGAACGAUUCGUUUUCCGUCUAG